UUUGUGAUGUUUGCAAACAAACAGGCCGAGGUGCUCGUGGCUUGACAGCGUAUCUGCCGUUAAUGCCAGCGGUCAGCUGGGCAGCUACUCGCUGAAGUGCACUAUUUAUUUGUCCGGCAAAGUUUUCUUUUUAUUUUCUUUUUUUACUGACACUUUUCCCAUCGGUGUCAUCAGCUUCUUGAAACUAAUUACGUUCUCAGUUGUGUUCAGCUUGCUUUGUGUCGGGCCACAAUAGAUCAGGGUGAGGAGAGCCACUGUGGGCGAUCAGACUUCAAAAAAAGUGCCCAAGGAAACACGUAAGAAGUCAGAAAGAAUGGCCCCGAAGAAACGGCUGAUCACGGACACUUUCAAAGUGGUCAAAAAGGCGAAAAUCAAGGAGGCGAAAGAAGGAAAGGUGGUCAAGCCGGACCCUGAACAGGAGCCAGAGCUGGUUCCUGUUCCUCAAAGACAGUUGGACCUGGACCUCCUCAAGCAGUUCGAUUUGAACUGGGAAUUUGGACCCUGUAUAGGCAUCACCCGCCUGCAAAGGUGGGAGCGAGCAGAAGAAUUGGGCCUGAACCCACCACUUGAGGUGUAUAACCUUCUUCAGAACUAUUUGGAGGACCCAAAGUACUUAAACAGCUUAUGGCAUGAAUAUCCCCUGUGAAGAGUAAGAAGAAGGAGAAGAAAAAAAAUGUUUCUUUGUUUUUGGAUGUUCGUUCCCUUUUCUUCUUCACGUUCCUUGGAUGGCGCCUGUGGUGUUCUGCCAUUCUAUUUCCCAGUUUCUCAUUAGCAAGUUUUAUUAAAGCAAUGAAUGCAGCUCUUUAGUAAACAAGAAGAAGAAAAUGAAGAAGAAAAAAAAUUGUCGGCCAAUUACAGAGAACUUUAUACCGGAUUAGCGUCUUGUGUUUGUGAAUGUAAGAGAGCUUCUGGUUACAGGGAGAUUUCGUGUAAAAUUCCAGAUACGCUGGUGUGGCAUGAGUGCUUUUUUUUUUUUGUAUAUUAAAAUUUGAAACUUA